CCUACAUGCGAGGAAUCAAGGCGUCUGUCUGUCGCUAGUUCUAGGCGAUCUUGCCGUUUCAUAAUUCUAUAACAUGACUCCCAUACUUCAUGAUAUCUCCCUCGAUCUUCUCCCAGACAACGAGGGGGUGAUAGAUCAUCGACAUUCACCAGAGCAGCACGAGUCCGAUGCAACGCCCUGGAUUUUGAUUUCGAGAUCGGGAGGUAAUAUGAAUCUGUUUAAGCUCUGUAAACGGCCAUCCAUACGACACCUCCCCUUAGCCAGCUCGGCUCUAAGGUCGAUUGAGCAGGUUGUGGGCGUUCAUGACAAUCUCGCACCGUACCAUGCAUUCCCCACUUUAUAUUUCUGUUGCCAGUGUGGUGACGGUCCGAAGUUCUGGGUUAACCAGCCAAGGUGUGCCAUCUGUAACCACAAUAUAUGCGGAUACUGCAAGCCGGCCAAAUGAUAAUGCCUUCCUGCGUGAACAGCAUGUUUCGUUCGAAAGGUUUCCUUUUCUCACUGUGGAUCCAUACCUAGUUUAUCCCCAUAAAUGUGUCUGCCACGGAUUUGGGGCGGCAUCAUAAACCUGAUCUCUGGGUCGGGUCACGCACAUAGCUUAUUCGGCUCCGACAGAU